AAACACAUAUGCGUAAAGGGUUAAAGAUCAUCACAGCGGUCGGUCGAGCUCCGCGGGCAGCCUGGCUCGCGCCGUUCUACCAGCUCGCUGUGGAUUGUGGGAAUCGGGGACACUACCCAGGCUUGUUACCGGGUGAACGGGAGAAUUAUUCCCUCUGCCGCCGCUUGUUUAGCCCGCCACUGGUUACAGUUUUAGCAUCAUGUCCAGCCGAGGAGGCAAGAAGAAGUCGACUAAGACGUCACGGUCCACUAAGGCCGGCGUCAUCUUUCCUGUUGGACGCAUGCUGCGUUACAUCAAGAGAGGGUUGCCCAAAUAUCGCAUAGGAGUGGGAGCGCCUGUCUACCUGGCCGCUGUCCUGGAGUACCUCACUGCUGAGAUCCUGGAGUUGGCAGGUAAUGCAGCGAGAGACAAUAAAAAGGGUCGCGUGACGCCGCGACACAUCCUGCUGGCCAUCGCCAAUGAUGAGGAGCUGAACCAGUUGCUCAAAGGUGUGACCAUUGCUGCUGGUGGAGUACUUCCGAACAUCCAUCCAGAGCUACUGGCCAAGAAGAGAGGAGCAAGGGGCAAACUGGACAUUCCCGUGUCACCUGCUCCAGAGAAGAAACCCAAGACGGUCAAGAAGACGGCAGCUAAGAAGCUGAGUGGGAAAAGGGCAGGAGGGAAGACUAAGAAACCGGGCGAGGUGAGCAAGGCGGCGUCAGCAGACAGCACCACAGAGGGAUCUCCGGCUGACAGCUUCACCGUGCUCUCCACAAAAAGCCUCUUCCUGGGUCAAAAGCUCAACCUCAUCCACAGUGAGGUCAGUAACUUGGCUGGCUUUGACGUGGACGGGGUCAUCAACCCCAUCAAUGCUGAACUUGAACUUAAAGAUGAUCUAGGCUCUGCUCUGGAGAAAAAAGGAGGGAAGGAGUUCACUGAGGCGCUGCAGGAGCUGAAGAAGAAGAACGGCCCCCUGGAGGUGGCUGGUGCCGUUUUGACCGGUGGUUUCGGUCUGCCUGCCAAGUACGUGAUCCACUGCAACAGUCCGGGUUGGGGUUCUGAUAAGUGUGAGGAGAUGCUGGAGAAGACGGUGAAGAACUGUUUGGCUCUGGCAGAUGAGAAGAAACUCAAGUCUGUGGCCUUCCCCUCCAUCGGCAGUGGGAGGAACGGUUUCCCGAAGCAGACGGCGGCUCAGCUGAUCCUGAAGGCCAUCUCCAGCUACUUUGUUGCCACCAUGUCUUCCACCAUCAAGACCGUCUACUUUGUGCUGUUUGACAGCGAGAGCAUCGGGAUCUACGUGCAGGAAAUGGCCAAGCUGGAGUCCAGUUAAAGGAUGGGAUGUUUACCUCCUCUCCUCCCUUUUCUCAUCCCUCUUUUUUCUGCCUGCAAGGAGAGAGAAAGUUGUUCACUGGUCAUUUUUUAGAGGAGAAAAGCAAGAUUCACAAAGCUGGGAACUCUGUUAGCAUUAUGUUUUCAUGUUUACCAUAUUGUUUUUAAUUUCUAAUUAAUAUCAUGCAGCUGGUGUUCAUUCUGCAGUCCUUUUUAAAUGUAACAGUGCCACAUAAUACAGAAUCAGCAGUUUAAAUUUUAGAUAAUUUUAUGACACUUGACUGCACCUCAGUUCCAGCGGCUUCUGGAGAAGUCCGAUAAUACGGGUUAAUGCAUGUAACGAUAACAGCUCUCCUCUUGCAUCACACUACAUUUACCUGUGUGUUGUACGUUUUGGUAUUGGUUUGGAGCAUCUGUCGUACUGUAAAGUGGAAAGGUAAAGAUACGUUGGUGUGUAGGACACUUGAGUAGUAGUGUUUUAGGAAGAGUUCUUGUGUUGUGUGUUGCCUUUGUCUGAUGGGCUGCUGCAAAUAAACGUAAAAUAAAGCUGAGUGCAACGUAAGUGCCAGGAUGGAGUUAUUAACAGCAUAAAUCAUUUCAGAUUUGAGGUUUUUUGCAAAGCACCCCUUUCUAUUCUGUGUUCCUGUCAGUGUUCAUAUAGGUGGAAGUAUUUGUGAAACAUGGUUAAAUAUCCGAAUCUUAUUUUUUAUUUUUCCUUUGAUUAUAACCGCACAAGAUUUGGAAGGAGGAAAAUUAGAUUUUUUUUUGUGGUUUUUUGUCUUUGUUUGGCCAUAAAAGGAUGUGUACUAAAAAAAAAAAUGCUUUUGCUGUUGGUUUUUGGUUCUCUUCUUCCUCCAUUCAGCCUCCACCAGGUGGCGCUGUGUGACCAGCCACUGGGUUUUUGUUUUAUUCAGCAGAAGAUGCUGGUGAUUUGAGUUGGAUUUAAAUUGGGAACGAUGGACGAAUCACAUGGAGGGUGGUUCUGCUGCAUUUGGACUUUUCAACAGCCUAACUUUCUUAUGAGAAAACAAGAAUUGUAAAUUGCUUUCUAAAGAGUUGCUAUAAUUGAUUCUACAAGAUGUCUGUAUACACUCCGAUAAUUAAAAUAACGACUUUGAAAAACG